AUGUCCUUAAAAAAUACGGAGGUUUUUGUUGAUUCUAAAACUAUUCUUUUGGUUAAAAAAAUUGGCUCUGGUUCUUUUGGAAAAAUUUAUUUAGGCAUCUGCCAAUUAACUAAAAAAGAAUUGGCAGUAAAACUGGAAUCCAGUUUAGCUAGAACUAAACAGCUUUUACACGAAACUGAAGUGUUAAAAGCUGUACAAGGAGAAUUUGGCUUUCCUUAUAUUUAUGCGUAUGGGCAGGACUCUAAUCGUUAUGUGCUUGUCCUCGAACUGCUUGGCCCGAGUUUGGAAGACCUAUUCCAGUUUUGCAAUAAACAGUUUUCCCUGAAGACUGCAUUGCUUCUAGCCACCCAAUGCAUUAAAAGAAUUGAAAAUUUGCAUAGAAAAGGAUUUCUACAUCGAGAUAUUAAGCCGGAUAACUUUUUAAUGGGCUUGCAAAGCGCCAGACGAUACGUUUAUAUAAUAGACUUUGGACUUUCUAAAAAGUAUAUGCGCCACGGAAAGCACAAUGCCUUUCGCGAACAUAAAAGCCUCGUGGGCACCGCGAGGUACGCCAGCUGCAAUAGCCAUGUUGGUUACGAGCAAAGCCGAAGAGACGACCUUGAAUCUUUAGGGUAUAUGCUUAUUUAUUUUUUAAAGGGAAAGCUCCCUUGGCAAGGAAUGAAAGGAAGGAGCCGAAAAGAUAAAUAUGAAAAGAUCAAGCAAGUAAAGAUAAGCACUCCCGUUUCUGAACUUUGCAAGGAACUUCCCUUGGAGUUUGAACGAUAUUUACUUUACGUAAAAAGUUUGGAUUAUGAAGCUGAGCCCGACUAUCUUUAUUGUAUGGAACUUUUUGAGCAUCUUUUCGAUAGAAUGAACUUCGAAAAGGAUUAUUUGUAUGACUGGACUUUGAUAAAAGAAAAUCAAGAAAAACUGAAUUUGUCUGAUUCCUCUAAAUUUGUUUCGGAAACAAACGCUAAGAACUUUUCAGUGGAAAAUUUUUAAAGAAUAGGAUCGUUUUAAUGAAUUUUUUUUUCAA